UAAGUCUUUUUGAUGUUUUAAGCUAAAAUAGAAUCAUCCAAAAGUCACAUGUGGUCGGUCAUCACGGGUUAGACGCGCCCGUACGCGUACGUAAAGAAAUGCACACAGAGUAUAUGAGCGGCGCGCGUGCGUGAGAUGUACAGAAUCUGUUGGCUGAAUCAUAUCAAGAAAUUCCGUGACAAGCCUUGAUUUGUACAUCAAUUGGGAAGUUCAAGAAAAUAGAUCGAAAAUGAAAAAGAAGGUUUUGUUGAUGGGUAAGAGUGGGUCUGGGAAGACCAGUAUGCGCUCCAUCAUCUUUGCCAACUACAUCGCAAGAGAUACAAGAAGACUUGGAGCCACAAUCGAUGUUGAGCACUCGCAUGUCAGGUUUCUUGGUAACCUGGUCCUCAACCUGUGGGACUGUGGAGGUCAAGAAGCAUUCAUGGAGAACUACUUCACCAGCCAGAAGGACAACAUCUUCCGCAACGUGGAAGUGCUGAUCUAUGUCUUUGACGUGGAGAGCAGGGAACUCGAUAAGGAUAUGCAUUACUACCAAUCUUGCCUAGAAGCCAUCUUGCAGAGGUCACCUAAUGCCAAGAUCUUCUGUCUCAUCCACAAGAUGGACUUGGUCCAAGAGGAUCAGAGAGAAUUGAUCUUCAAAGAAAGGGAAGAAGAUCUGAAGAGGUUGUCCAAGCCCCUAGACUGCACCUGCUUUAGAACGUCUAUCUGGGACGAGACCCUUUACCAGGCCUGGUCCUCCAUCGUCUACCUCCUCAUUCCCAACGUAGAACAACUCAAGACCAACCUCAUUAACUUUGCCGACAUCAUUGAUGCUGACGAGGUGCUCCUCUUCGAAAGGGCAACCUUCCUAGUAAUAUCACAUUGUCAGAGGAGAGAGCAUAGGGAUGUACAUAGAUUUGAGAAGAUUAGUAAUAUCAUCAAACAGUUCAAGCUUAGCUGCAGUAAAUUGGCUGCAUCAUUCCAAAGUAUGGAGGUUAGGAAUUCCAGCUUUGCUGCCUUCAUAGAUGUCUUUACGCAGAAUACCUACGUCAUGGUCAUCAUGUCUGACCUGUCAAUACCCCCAGCCACAACCCUCAUCAACAUCAAGAAUGCCAGGAAGCAUUUUGAGAAGCUAGAACGAGUCAACGAACAUCCAAUGGUCCGCUGAGAGAACUAUUUAUAGAUUUUGAGGAAGAAAACUACCAAUCACAUCAAGGAAAUUUAUCUUCUGUAUGAAUUCAAUUUGAUGUCACAUGAUAUGUCCAUGGUGUGAUGAAAGAACUAUGUUGUAGUUUGGCUGUUGAAACCCUCAUUUAUCAAACUUGAACAAUUUCUAAAACAGCUCAGACUAAGCUCUAUUUUAUAGUUAUGACAUAACCAACAUCCUUUUCCUGCCUAAAAAGAAUUCUCUAUAUGAAUUAGGAAACUUUUUACAGACAAUAUGAAGUCGCUAACAUUGCCAUAACUAUAAAUUACAGCUUUUUCUAAGCCAUCCUCAAAAUUUUGAAACGAGAGUUUUUAACCACCAAUCGACAAAAUGCAAAUCAGGUAUUACCUAACAAGUAAAUAUAUCCUCUACAAGAUUUCAGUAUGGUGCACAAAGUGUCCUGGAUUUUAUUAGAGAAGUAUAUAUUUAUACAAACCUUAAGAAUACAUCAUAUUGGGUAAAUGUAUUUCCUUAAUAAGGUGGAUUUGCUAUUAAAAAUUUAUUUUGAAAUUAUACUUUAAUCUGCUUCACUAUUUUGUUUUGAAGGUGCAUGGAAUAUACAUGAUUUGAAAGAGAAUUAUAUACAGACCUUUAAAGUCACCUAUCAUAUCAAUGUAUCUUCUUAUUAAUAUAUGUCAGAAGGUGCACAAAUUAUAAAUGAAUUGAAAGAGAAUCACAUAUGGACCUUGACCUUGACUAUGCCUUCGGGGCAGCCUCCCAGAAUUGCAGAAUUCCCUCUUGGUAAUGACAAUUUUGAGUAGUGUGAUAAAUUGAACCGAUCAACUGAAAAAUUGAAUAUCGACUGUAAUGGUUCCUUUCUGUUUGACAUUGUUUUAGACCAAAGUUUGAAUCGAAUCAGAGCCCAAAAUAAGGAAUUAUUAUUACUAUCUUUGUAAUAUUUUCCGAAAUGCACCAUUUUGAUAGUUUCAGUCAAAUCUCAUUUACCUUUCAGUUUGAACGUGUAUUGGUAGUGCAAUUUAUUUUUCUUUUCUUUUUUUCUUUUUCAUUCUUUGAAUAUAUAACUAUAUUAUGUGCAACAUUUAGUGUCAAAUAGUGGAUUUAAGGCCCUGUUCUCAAUCAUUCUUAUGAACUGGUUCCCACUAAACCAAUCUAGUGAGAAUCGGUCCAGCAGAACUUAGUGCUCCAAACAAUUCAAAAAGCGAUCUUAGAUCACCUCUUGAAGUGAUUAACAAAAAAUGCUUUACUUGGUUAGACCACAAAGGCUGAUACCAAACACGGGCUGCAGGGGGGGGGGGGGCUGCACACUUUUUUUUCCAAAACCGUGUACAAAACUUAAAAUGACCAUGUGAUUACAAUUUUUUGCAAGGUCAACCCCCCCAACUUUCAAAACCGUUCCAUGGCCCCUGAAACAGGCAUUAGACUUGCGCCCGAUAUCAUUGUUAUUGUUGCAGGGCUCGAAUUAAGAAUUUAAAGGGGCAAGGCCAUUUUUUAAAAGGGCACUUAAGGGAAAGGGCAGGCAGUUUUCACUAUAUGGGACAUCCAAGGCCACCAAAAAAAGGGCAUCAAUAAUAAAUGCACUUUUCAAUGGGGGCCACAGCAAAAAAGGGCAGUUAUUUUGGCCUUAAGUCUACAAAUAUUUGAAAGGGCAUCAAGGCCAUUUCUGAGGGCAUCUAAGGCCAUGGACUUGGAUGGCCUUGGAUUAAUUCGAGCCCUGUUGUUGUUAUCAAUGGCAGAGUUGUAAUUGAUCAGAUCAAUCUCAAGUUUGGGAUUCCAUCAAUGUCGUAAUUAUUCCUACCGGAAAUGGAAACAGAUGAGCAUAGUGUGAUGUCAAGACAUGAUGCAUGCUUGAGUAUUAAUCAUAGGCCCGUAUUCUGAAGUCGGGUUUAAAUUAGACCAUGGUAUAACUCUGCUAAAAUUAUGAACAGCCAAAAAUGUCAAAAUUUUCCUUACAUUGUAUAUUUCUAAUGUUUUUCUGUGCUCUUUCCUAACUUGUGAAUGGUAAAGAAAGCAAUGGUAGUUAUCCUUCUGAAACAUUUAAGAAUUAUUUGAGAGAAAAAUGUGCUGAUACAUUGAAAUUAAACUGUUAGACGUUUUUGCCACUAUUGGCUAUCCAUAGUUAAACCACAUCUUUAAACCAGAGUCUAAAUUAGACCCGACUUCAGAAUAUGGGCCAUAGUUUGUUAAUACUUUGAACAGUCACAUGCAUUCUAGGUUUGGUGUUGGUGGCUGACCACAGAUGUGAUUGAUCUUAUCAAUUGUAUUACUUUAUAACACUAGGUCCUGACAAGAUAAAAGUAUGUGUCAGUGAUAAUUUACCAUUUCAUCUUCCAAACUAAUGUACACUGUAGAAGUAUUUCUUGGUUACAACAUGCAUUUUGUGUCAUUGAACAUUUUAUUUCUAAUGAGUGCAGACUUGGCAACAUGUUCAGAUGUUUGGCAUGGUUUACCAUAACGAAUAGA